AUGUCUACUUCACGAAUCCUCCGCCGUCUAGUCAACGCUCGACGACCUCCAACUUUCGCCCGAUCCCAGUCGACUUCGUCUUCCCAGAACCCGCCACCACGUCGUGUAUCAAGCCUUUGGUCAAGAUUCUCUGCUGCAACAUUUCUAUCACUUACGGCAUACGGAAUUGGCUCCCUUUAUCCGCCUUCUCUCGCCACCUUCAUCUCGCCGAGGACGGCGCCACCGCCUCUUCAUCCGGAGCAUCCUGCCGCGAUCGCGCACACCGUUUCUCUGGAGGAGUCGCUUCAAUCACUGCCGCCGCUGAAGGCAAUGCGUGAGGCGCCAGACGCCGAUCAGUGGUAUGAGACGCGGCCCUAUUUGAACUUCCCCGAGGAGAGGCGGGUGAACAACCUAACGGCGGGCGCGCUGCGAGGCCCCGGAAAGCUUGCUACGCCUCCCUUGGUCAGGGCGCGGAAGGAUGAGAGCGAGGCGGUGAUAUUUCUGCACGUGGGGAGAGGGCUGUGUGGACACGAUGGGAUAGUUCAUGGCGGGUUGCUAGCUACGCUUUUGGACGAAUCGCUGGGUCGGAUCGCAAUUGUGAACGUACCGGAGAAGGUUGCUGUGACGGCUAGACUCACCGUAGAUUACAAGGCACCGACGAAGGCCGAUCAGUUCAUCGUGAUUAAAGCGUCCGUAGUGGAGAAAAAGGGUCGGAAGGUCGUAACCCGAGGUGUAAUAGAAGAUCUUGAAGGCACAACCCUCGUCGAGGCUAGUGGCAUCUUUAUCCAACCGCGUUACGCGAAGCUCCUCAAUCCCGCGCUUCUCAAGCAAGCUAUGGGAGAACCCGACCAGCAGUCAAGGCUCGCGCCGCAACGUACAACUGGAAAUGGCGCCUGA